ACUUCAUAUAACUGAUAAGGGUCUUUGCUCCAUUUCUUAUUGUUCAAAAUAUAACCUUCAAUCGAUCAUCAAUGGCGGAGAUGGAUCUAACACCAAAGUCAGCGGUAGCAGCGUUCGAGGGAGACGAUGGAGGAUAUUACGUAUGGUCAUUUCCGGCGCUCGGCGAGGCCAACGUUGGUGCCGGCAAACUUGUGUUGAAGCCUAGUGGCUUUGCUCUUCCUCAUUAUGCAGAUUCUGCCAAAUUGGGCUAUGUUCUUCAAGGUGAGGAUGGAGUGGUUGGAAUGGUACUCCCCAGCACAUCAGAGGAGGUAGUGUUGAAGCUUAAGAAAGGAGAUGUGAUUCCGGUACCACUUGGAGCAGUCUCAUGGUGGUUCAACAAUGGCGACUCAGCCGACGACCUUGUUAUCGUUUUCUUGGGCGAAACAACGAAGGCAUACACGCCUGGUGUAUUUACCUAUUUCUUUAUUGCAGGAACUCAAAGUCUUCUAGGAGGUUUUUCAACUGACUUCAUUAGCAAAUCAUUCAACAUUACCAAUGAUGAAGCUGAUGAGGUCACCAAAAACCAGAAAGGAGUUUUGCUCGUUAAGCUAGAAGACGGAAAGACCAUGCUACCAACGCCCUUCUCAGUUCUCACCCGAAAACUUGUUCAUCAACUCAAUGUCUGUGCCACUUUAACUGAGAAGGAAUUUCCUUUCCUUAAACAAGCUGGAUUGAGUGCCAACCUCAUCAAACUUGAACCCUUUGCAAUUUCCUCCCCCACGUAUACAACCGAUUCCACCGUUCAAGUGAUCUAUGUCGUUGGAGGAGGUGGUCGGGUCCAAAUCGCGGGUCUCAAUGGUCAGAGUGUGUUGGAUGCAGAAGUAACUGCGGGUCAGUUGAUAGUUGUGCCUAGGUUUUUCAUGGUGGCAAAACUUGCCGGAGAAAAAGGAAUGGAAUGUGUUUCUGUCAUUACAAGUUCCCGGGCUGUUCUGGAAGACUUAGCUGGCAAGACAUCAGUGUUGAAGGCAUUAUCGCCUGAGGUGCUACGAAUAUCCCUCAAUAUAAACCCAGAGUUGCAGACACUUCUCCGGUCCAAGAGUAACUAAAGCUGAUCCUGCUGCAUGGAAGUCUCUCAUUGCAAUACAAUUAAUAAUGAUGAGCCCCUGCUUCAAUUAAUUAAUUAUCCUUUCAGAAAGAGGAAGAAGAUCUUCUUGUUCAGUAUUUGUGUUACGUUAUUGUACGUCUGAUCUUCUGAACAUGAGACUAUGUCUUUGUUAUUGUUUUUUUUUUUAAAUCAAAACAUUAAACAUAUAUCAAGCCAUGCUGGAAUAAUAAAGUGCUGGUUAGAAAUUGUCUAAUUUGAUCGUA